UGUUGUCGAGUUCGAACGACGAUGGUUUCAUUGCAUCUUCUUAAUUAUGUCAUAUAGUUCACAUGCCACGGUGUAGAUCCCGUCGGCUAUAGAAUGUUUGUGAUCGAUAAAGAGAAAAAGGGAAAAGUAAUUGCCUAACAGUUGGAGUUGUUAUUUAACAGGUUUGUUGACGUGAGCUACAUUGUAAAACAGAAUCAAGGAUGUGGUACAGAUAGUUACGUUGUUGUGAUUCGAUAUAUCAACUUCUAAAUGCCAUUAAGACGAUUUUUUUCUUGUAGAUAUUGUAUAUCACACCUUCUAGUCAAAAUGCAGCAGAUCCAAGAUGUCCGUGUACAAAUCACCGUUAAUUAUUUUAGCUUUUUUCCUGAUAUUGUGUUAGUCGUGGCUUUAGGCCUAGGCCUUUACACAGAAUGGACUUUUACUAAAAAUAUAACAAUUUCUGUGAUAGCUUUGUUAGGAAUAUUCGUAUUUGCCAUAUCAUUUGCCUUACGUUUUUAUUUUGGAAUGGUGAAUUUUGGAAGAUCCCUGUUCCAUAUAUGGUUGGGGGGUAUAUUAGGGAUAAUCGCAUUCUCCAAUCAAUCAAAUUAUGAAGAGAGUGUUCUACACGAAGUCAUGGAGUUCCUCUUUAUUAUAAGUAUGGGUCUUGGUUGGUUCUGGAAUAUUUUGGAACGAUUUCUUCAUAUUGUUAAAUACGAAGCAAUAUUAUUGACAGUGCCGGAAGGACUGGAAUCCGUUGGAUUAAUAGCUGCUAGUCUUGUAACCGGGAUGGACGCAGUGUCUUUGUCUUUCCUGAUUUUAGCCUACGUGUUGCAUAUUAUCGCGCUUAGAAUGAAAUCAAUGCUAGCCAUUGUUAGUUUGCUUUGUCUUCUUUUAAUCAGUGCCUUUGUUUAUUUUCCCGAUUUAAAACUCACUGUGAAUAAAUACGCGCUUGUGUGUUUUGUUGGACGACACUCAUUUCAACCAAUCAUAGAUUUCUAUUUCUCAAGAUUAACAACAUUAGAAAGAUGGCAGUCGUUUUUUCGCCAGAGGAAAUCAGUGCGCCAUUUGACAGUAUUAGGUAUAUUUUUCUUACAGCUCUCGUUGGGAAUUUUAAUCGGAGUGAGAUCAACGACUCAUAAAGAGUGGUUCGUUGUUUUUCCGAUUUACAUGGUGUUUGCCGUUCUCUGGCUUCUGUGUCAUCUUCUGUUCUUUAUCACAUGUUGGAAGCUAAUGGGUAAAAUCACCGAAUGUAAUUUAACAUAUCAAAGCUUAUCAGACGAACUACAGAGUUAUAUUAGAAUCAUGGCCGCCAAAGGUGUGCGUCAUUUUAGUUUGAUAUCACAGCGUUUGAUUUGUUUGUCUGUUUUAACAACCGUUAUUUUACUGGGUAUUGGCUGGGAGACGAGAAACGGCUACAGUCUAUCUCUAGUUUUUAUGGUUUUACCCAUCGAAUGUAUGACAUUAUCAUUAGUAUGGAGUCUGGGAGAAUCUCUUGGAGGAACAUGUACAGGAUAUGCCAUUAUAGCACCCAUAAAUAAACUCAGACCAGAUGGUACAACAACAAUAAUCACUUCAGCUUCUAUUCAAGAUGGUAACGCUAAAUCUACAGCUACACUAUCUUACAUGCAACAAUUCUUCAAUUUUAACAUGAUAGAAAAUUACGGCUGCGAUUAUUCAACAAGUGGUCUGAGUCCUGAUUAUAUACAGUCCAAAAUCAAAACCUUUUUUGAUCGAAGAACUUCAGAUGGGCCUAGAUUUGAUACGUAUAUUUUGUAUUAUAGUGGUGAGGUUUAUGAAACAGGUGAAUGGGCAUUAACUGGAAAUGAUACAUUAAAACUGGAUACAAUACUAGAAUGGUGGACUAAUAAAAAUGCUGGAUCUGGAUCACGUCUUCUUCUAGUCCUGGACACACCCUACUCCUAUAUAUGGACCAAGACCAUUCGCUACAUUAGUCACGAGUUUGUAGCUAUCCAGACAUGUCGUUACUCAAAACCCUCCGAUCCUGAAUCAGGAACCCAAACCAUCGGAACAUUCACCAAAGAUUGGGUUUGUUACAAUUUAGGAGAGGAGCUUGAGCAAGAAUGGAGUAAAAAAGAUCGCAAUGUCCGUGCUUUGUACUCCGUUUCCAAAUGUUGGACAGAUUUUACGUUUCAUCUGCCAACUACAUCAGACUUUGAACAGCACUGGGACAGCAAUUUUCCUAGAAUAACAAAACCAUUGAUAAAAGCUGUGAAUUUUCCAAGUGCCGGCUCCGUAUGUUGUUGCUGUGAUUGUAUAUUUCGAUGUUUAAAACGAAAACAAAUGAAAUGGCUUCCACCUAAACACGUGGAUACCGGUCAUGGCUUUAAACUCGUCCAUUCAUAAUUCCAUAAAUUCUGUUUUUAGCCCAUCAAGCCAUCUAUCCAAAGGGCUUAUGUUGUCACUUCGGUCCGGCCAGCGCAAAUAAUUAGUCAAUUUCGACUUUUCCCCUUGACUGCUUGAUGGAUUUUAACAAAAUUUGGUAGGUAUGAUGCCAGGCCUGGAAUUAAUGAUAUUAGGUGUACUUGAGAAAAUGUCAGGCCCUAUUAAAGAUGCAUUAUGUAAGAUUCAGAUAUAGAACUGGCUGUUCUGAUUUUAAUAGUUCAAAAAAAGAAAAUGCAAAAUUUGGUAUGUUGACAGGAUGUUAUUUAUUAAGAAUUGUUAAAUGAAGUUGCUUCCUCCCAUAUGUUUUGGGUAGGGUUGCGUUAAGGGGAAAUUUAGGUAAUCUUAAGAAAUCUUCAGAAUGGCUGAAUGGAUUUCUAUGAGUAUGAAGAUAAGAGGUUGUUCAAAUGAAAGUGGUGUACCGAGUGGAUAUAGAGUUGGACAGGAAAGUCCUACCUAUUCUCACUUAAGCCAAAUUGUCAUUGCAAACAUAUUCUUAAUCACUGAGUGAUCGUUAUUUUUUUUAUUUUCAUGUUUCUAGGAAAACUUCUGUCAGAUGGCCCUUUUUCUAGUUGGUGUAUUCCAAUACACGCUUUCCAUUUUUUAAAUUUUUUUUAUACCUUGAGUUUUUUGUUUUAUUUUAUUUAAUCUCAUUGUUAAACAUUUUCUUGUAUAUUCUCAAAGAUUCCUAAAAAAAUCUUGGAUUGUAUUUUAAAUACUUAUUUAUUGAAAUGAAACUUAUAUUUAGGAUUUUUUGUUGUAUGUUACGCAGUAUUUUUAUUUUAAGAUUUCAUUAUUUAUUGAUGUAUAUAUAAUAUAACUUUUAGUAGAUUGUACAACGAGCCUCUUGAACAAAGUUAGUGUGAAAAUAUCUAUUCUAGACGGACCUUGUUGAGAAAGGGGAGGGGGAGAGAAAGGGAAGCAAUUGCACAACGAGCCUCUUGAACAAAGUUAGUGUAUGAAAAUAUCUGUUCUAA